AUGUGUUCAAACAUCCCGCGCUCUGCCACUUGGGUCACACCUUGCUGUUUCUUUCCCUUUGACCACCAUCUUGUCACUAGCACUUGCUUGAAUCCAGUCGUUCAUCGUUGCGCAACCUGCGUUUAUGAGAACGGAGAGCAUUGUUCUCAUGCUCCCUCAAACUGGCUGCUCUGCGUUGAAGCUUGCCAAGUUUCCAAAAUCUCAUCUCAGCCCGUCGCAACCCCAGCCCCAUCGACCUUUUCAUUCUCGGUAUAUGCUCUCUGGCUUGAUCGUCCGAUGCGCCUACACGUGUUCUUCCAUUGUGCUCGACGCUGAGGCCGAGCCCAUGACGCGGAUGGACGAAGGCCAGUUCUUCGUUCGUUGUUUGGCUUCCCGCAAUGCAAGUUUAAUCCUUGGCAACGGUGUGGGUUGUGGCAAUGGCUCUUACGAAUCCAACACCGGUGGCGGUAAUCUGGCGUGGUUUUACUGUACUUCACACAAUGUAAAGUCACCUUCAAUUGCAAUUGGAGGGUUGUUUGUUAUUUGUGGUCGUGUUGUGCAAUGGCAG